AUUUCUUUUUUCUUGCAGAGUGUUGACUUUUAAGCUUGCAAAACACAGAGGAUGUCUGACAAGGAGGAGAUGGCUUCAGACGGGAGUCUGAAUGUUACAUUGACGCUGAGGCUGCUGAUGCAUGGAAAGGAAGUUGGCAGCAUAAUUGGCAAGAAAGGAGAAACCGUAAAGAAAAUGAGAGAGGAGAGUGGUGCUCGUAUCAACAUAUCAGAGGGCUCCUCUCCUGAGAGAAUCGUCACCAUCACAGGACCCACAGAGGGCAUCUUUAAAGCGUUCUCCAUGAUCGCACAGAAGUUUGAAGAGGACAUCACUGCAGCAAUGACAAACAGCAACGUGACAAGCAAGCCACCUGUGACACUUCGCCUGGUUUUCCCAGGGAGCCAGUGUGGCUCACUGAUUGGCAAAGGAGGCUCAAAGAUUAAAGAGAUCAGAGAGACCACAGGCGCCCAGGUUCAGGUGGCUGGAGACAUGCUGCCGGACUCCACAGAGAGGGCUGUCACAAUCUCGGGCACUCCAGAGGCCAUCACUCAGUGUGUAAGACACAUCUGUUCUGUCAUGCUGGAGUCUCCACCUAAAGGAGCGACUAUUCCCUACCGUCCUAAGGCCAUGCCUACAGGUGCUCAUGCAGUAUUAGCGCCGCAGCACCAUGCACAAGCCUUUGCAAUUCCAGGGCAGUAUGCUUUUGCACAUCAAGAUUUGACCAAGCUUCACCAGUUGGCUAUGCAGCAUAUCCCCCUCCCUUCCCUUGGGCAGAGCAACCCUACCUUCCCUGGUUUGGAUGCAUCUGCCCACACAAGUUCACAAGAGCUGGCAAUACCUAAUGAUUUUAUUGGCUGCAUAAUUGGAAGACAAGGCAGCAAGAUCAAUGAGAUUCGCCAGGUCUCUGGAGCUCACAUCAAAAUUGCCAGCGCCACUGAUGGCUCAGCCAUGCGCCAAGUCACGAUUACCGGCUCGCUGGCCAGCAUCAGCGUGGCCCAGUACCUCAUCAACGCCAGCUUAGAGAUGGCUAAAUACACCAUGCAGGCCGCUUCCGCAGCGGCUGCAGUUGACCUCAACAUGAGCUACGCUCAGUCCGCUCCUUCCGCCUCCGCUGCUGCUACCUCUAUGGCCGUCCUGGCGGCCAACACCCAAGCCCAAAACACCAUUAACGUCCACUCUCCUUCCACCUUAUCAGCCAUGCAAAACCAACACUAUGCCGUACCCGUUUCCAGCCUUCUCGGCAUGAAAUCUCUGCCUGUCCUGACUAUGCACCCAGCAGCUGCUUCUAGCCUAGCACAGGGUUUAUCCCCUUUCACCGCAAAAAUGCAGAACCCCGGUGUCAAAAAAUCUGACCGCCAGAAGUUUGCUCCCUAUUGA